AUGGCAUUCAGCGGAACCUGGCAGGUCUAUGCUCAAGAGAACUAUGAAGAGUUUCUGAAAGCUCUUGCACUGUCAGAAGAUCUUAUCAAAGUCGCUAGAGAUAUUAAGCCUGUUGUUGAAAUACAGCAAAAAGGAGAUGACUUUGUGGUGACAUCAAAAACACCCAAGCAAUCUGUAACUAACUCAUUUACACUUGGAAAAGAAGCUGAUAUUACUACUAUGGAUGGCAAAAAGCUAAAGUGUACUGUGAACCUAGUAAAUGGGAAGCUUGUGUGCAAAUCAGAUAAAUUCUCUCAUGAGCAAGAAGUUAAAGGAAAUGAAAUGGUGGAGACUAUAACUUUUGGUGGAGUAACGCUUGUCAGAAGAAGCAAGAGAGUUUAA